AUGUCUGCUGCACCAACCCCAUCAUUGCAGAAGGAUGCAAACGAUGCGCCCAAAGGGGUUCCACAAGAUACCCUCAACAUCGUGCUCACAGCGAUUUUGCUGAUGCUGGUCAUUACAGGAUGUUGCUGGUGGCUUGCAUUUUUGCCUGAAGACAGCUACAGCUGCCCCAUCGGCAUGUCUGAUGCUCCAGUAAGAUUCUACAAUCUUACCAUGGCUGUGGGGGCGUCCAGCCUGAUGAUAUGGCAUUACCUGGAUCCAGAUGCCUUGAAAGUGCGUUACACCGUCUUGGGUCGCCCUGAAUUCCCUGUGUUGCACCGAGAGUUUCUGGGUGUACAGCGAUGGUCCACCUUCACUUCCUGGAGCAAUUUAAGUUGCACCAUGUUUCUUUGCUCUGCUGCCAUAUUGGGAUUCUGUGGGCCCGAGCCGCCAAAGGCUUUGUGUAUGGUGAAUCAAGUUUUUUGGGAGCUGACCUUCCCCUUGGCCUUUUUUGUGAACAUUGUUGUGAGCUUUGUCUUGAUUCCACAAAUCAAGAAGAUGCGUGACUGGCAGAAGCUGAAGCGAAUGCUGCGGCUGAAGCCACAGCUCCUCCAUAACGGCUUGGCAAUUGCUGGUGCUGUGGAAGCUAUGUUAGCGACGCCUCCUAUGAAGCUGUCGCACUUCCCAGUGUUGGUCCUUUUUUGGAAGUAUGUACAUCGUUUUUGCCUGGUAUUUCUUUCACCAGACAGGAAUUUUCCACUAUAUGUUCCUGGACAACCGCUUCAAGUACGAGCCUUUGGCCCUCGUGCUUUUAUUGAUCCUCCUGGCCGUCAUAUACUUUGCGGGCUCAGUAGCCCUCAACUACGCUGCCGACUCCUGGCCUGCCAGGCUUGCGAUCGUGGUAGCUGCUCUUGGCACGUGUACAUUCGGGCCAGGCAAAGUGGAUCCGGAAGAUGGCAGCAGCGCCUCUUUGCUUGCAUCUUGAGAGCCCACUGGAGCCAUUGCUACAGAGACCAUGGUCAAGGUGUUCCUGCUUUGCCUUUCAUUGCUUGGAAAUCUAGGGAUUUCCAGCAAAGCCUGCCUCAGGGGUUUGAAGGAACUCCAGAGCUUUGA